AUGUUUGCCCCGGCGUCCGAGGCGGCUCCAGCGAGCAGCGAGGGCCGCAGGGCUGGGGACAUGGACAAGGGGCCCUUCUCGGUGGAGUGGCUGGCGCAGAGCAGCCGCGGCGGAGCCCGGGAGCUGCCCGGUGAGUGCCGGCCGUGCCCCCCGGGUCCCCCCGCGGAGCGGCGGCCGCGGCGCUUUCGGUCCCCCGAAGGGUCCCCCGAAGGGUCCCCCCUUCUGACGCCCCCACCUGUCCCCGCAGAGUCGCCCCGGGAGCGGGAGGCCGCGGAGCGCCCCGGGCUGGCAGCGGGGCCGGCGGGAGCCGCGCCCGGGCGGCUCCGCACCAAGUUCUCGGCCGCGCAGCUGCGGGAGCUGGAGCGCAGCUUCUGCCAGCAGCGCUACAUCGGCGCCGGAGAGAAGCGGCGCUUGGCCGCCGUGCUGAACCUCUCCCAGAGCCAGAUAAAAACCUGGUUUCAGAAUCGCCGUAUGAAGUUCAAACGCCAGACUCAAGAUGCCAGGAUCGAAGCUCUUUUCUCGAGCUUGUUUUUGCCCUGUCAUUGUUACCCAGACACGGCUGCAUCCAGCUGUCCUCAAGGGGUGGAUGUCAAUGUCCCUGCUACCUCUGCUGCUUCCCUUCACCCGGCUGUGCCAAACCCUGCCUUGUUGUUACCUUCUGUUCCAGCUCAGUCUCUUCUGCCGGUUUUGCCAAGUCCAGCUUUACUACUGCCUCCCGGGCCAGGAUUGUCUUGCUGCUCUUCUGUGCUUCCAGCAGUGACUCUAAGUACUGAACAUAAAGGACUGAUGUUCCAACCAGAUCUUCCCUCCUGUUAA